AUGAACGUCUAUACCCAAGAUAUCAAAAUUAUAUGUCAAAAUCAUGUAUUGAAAUCAAGCGCAAAAGCCUCUGAAGGACAUCCAUGGAGAAAUUGGAAGAUCAGGGUCGUGGCUGUAGAUAAUAAUCGAGAAAAGAAGGGAAAAUUGAAUCAUCUUUUGGAUCAUGUGGAAUACUGGCUGCAUCCAACAUUUGUAAAUCCUGUCAGAGAAUUUCAAAAGGAACCUUAUUUAUUGCAAGAGAAAGGUUGGGGAGAGUUUGAUAUGCGUGUCGUACUCUACUUUAAGGAUUUCUUGCAAGAACCUGAUCCAGAGGAGAUUCUGUUUGAUCUACACUUUCGUGAACCCAUCUAUACCAUCAAACACACCAUUGUCUUUAACAAUCCUUCGCCGGAACUGAUUCGGAUCUUGCAAAUGGAGCUUCCCAACAGUGAUCUACAGACAACCAUCCACAUUGAUAACAGAAAACGACGCACAAGCCCUAGCUUGAUGACAUCGAAAAAGAUCAGAACACCACCGUCGACAUCUUCGCCUGCAGACAAUGGAGGUUCCAUGGCACCUUCGCUCUCUUCUAACAAUCACAUCAAAUACCCUCCUACAUCGCCAUCGUUAACCAUGCUGUACAAUUUGCAAGAUCACGAAUCAAGUGCUGAAUCAGAUGAUUUGUAUCGAGCAGCGCACGGAUACAGACGGCAAAAGAAGCCAACGGUUCAAGAUGGUGUGAUUAUAGAUGAUAUUUACAACGAAACAGACAUAGAAAAUGCAAGCAGUAUACACUCCAAACAAGUGGACGACCAUGUUCGAAAAGCUUGGGGAAUACCAGUGGGGUUGGAUAUGCUGGAGCUAGCGAAACGAUUAACAUUAUUAACACCUGAGCAAAUAGAAGAAGUUCAGACAUUGAUCCUUCGAAACAAGAAAGAAGAAACAGUGGUGGAAGACAAUGACGAUGAAUUCAUGGUGGAUUUGUAUUCAUUAGGGCCCGAAUUACUGACACAAUUAUGGGAUUACACAACAGAAAAGAAAUCUCAACCCAAAGCCAUGGCACUAUCGCCAUUUUCACUAGUGCAAGCCAAUGCCAACAUGUAG